CGCUGUUCUCGGCUUGUUGCGUGUUCGGAGCCGCGGUUGCAAUUUCGCAUCACUGCUCGUCGUCGAAUCGGAAACAACCGCAAAGCCGCUCGCGCGAUCGACGUCGCGCGUCCGCCGAUCGUCGGCGAUCGCGCUUCGUCGGUGAUUGCGGGCGAACACGCGUACCUGUCGCUUCUUCCCAUUCAUACGCGAUUCGAGGGGUACCGAAGUGAACUCGAGUCAGCCUGCUCAGCCAGGCGCGGUAAAGGUUGGUGUGCGAGACGAAGUGAGGCGUGCGCGGGCGCGAUCUCUUGCAGGUAAUUUAAAAAUGGCGAACGACAGGAAGACGUUUUCGCGGCUGUACGCGCUGGCAGGCACGGGAAACGCAUAAGCGGAUUUUUACCAACGGCGGUAUCUGCCUCGCGAGAACGCUGAAACGCGCGCCCGCACACAGCGAGGAUUAUGCCGUGAAUUAUGCGAUAGGCGCGAAGCGCGACGUAGAUGUGUUGCCGCCACCGUGGUUUUCAUUGUCGCUCGUUACAUUGCCGCUGGUACGAUCGCGAGUGUGGAGAGAAUAGAGGGAGAAGGAAAGCGGAUGGCCACCUCCGCCGCGUGUCGACCUGUACGCUUACAUACGUAAAUAUAGCUGCAAAAAUCAUAAACAUAUAACAAUGGAGCACUCAGAGUUAGUAGCAGAAAUGGUGCACAUCGAAAGACUAAGCACACAAGAACGGUUACACUUGGCACGUCAUCGUAGACUUCAGCAAUUAAAAUUAUGGAGACAACGUGAGAAGGAAUGGUUACGACACCAAACUAGGCAUACCAGUAAUAAACGUCACAUAUAUUUUAGUGAUAGUGUUAUGUUGUUAGAAGCCGCAGCAAGAAACGAUAUUGAUGAAGUAAGACGUCUUUUAAAGAAAGGUGUAAAUCCAGACUCAACAAAUGAAGACGGUCUGACGGCGUUGCAUCAAUGUUGCAUAGAUGAUAAUGAAGAAAUGAUGAAAUUACUUGUAGAAUUUGGUGCUAAUGUGAAUGCAGAGGAUAGUGAGAAAUGGACACCGUUACACGCUGCUGCUACGUGCGGUCACUUACAUUUAGUCAAAUAUCUUAUAGCCAGAGGUGCAAAUUUGUUAGCUGUUAAUGCCGAUGGCAAUAUGCCGUAUGAUAUAUGUGAAGAUGAAAAAACAUUAGAUUGCAUCGAAGGAGAAAUGGCAAGGCGAGGAGUUACGCAAGAAUUAAUAGAUGAAACUAGAGCUUCGAUCGAGGUUCAAAUGUUACGGGAUUUGCAGAAGACAGCUUCUUUAGCAGCUGAUCUUGAAUAUAAGGAUCAUCAAGGUGCUACGCCUCUUCAUAUUGCGGCGGCGAAUGGUUACUUAAGAGUAGUUGAAUUUCUUCUUGAUCAACAUGUGUCAACAGACGUAGAGGACAACGAUAAAUGGCAACCUGUUCAUGCAGCGGCAUGUUGGGGACAUUUGGAAGUGCUUGAGCUAUUAGUACAAAACGGAGCAGAUCUAAAUGCAAAGAAUAAGCAUGACGAAACUCCCGCAGACAUAUGCGAAGACCCAGAGAUUAGAGAGAGGAUAGUUGAAUUGAAAACGGAACAGGAAAGUAAACGACUUCGGGAAGCGCAAGGACGAAGAGUACGCAGAUCACAGAGCAUAAAUACACGAACACAAAGUGUACGUCGGACAUCCAUUCGGGAUAAAGUUCUUACUACGAAAAAAGACGCCCAAGAAGAAGCUCGUUUAAGAAUACAAGCGCAACAGACAUACGUUAGUGGCUCUGCACCUAAUAUCCCACCGUUAGAGAACAGUACACAGGAAGUAGGAAACCACGAGACUGAUUCUAAUAGUGCAAUGACACCAGCGGUGCGAAAAGGUCCGGAAGGAAAAGACAAUGAGUCUUUUCUUCACGAAGAUGUUGAUAAAGAUUCAGCAGUGACAGGGCCUGACCCAUCGGUCGGUAGCCAACAGCAGUCGCCGAUUUAUGCUACCGACAGUGACAACGGCAAGAUCAACAUACAUGUGUCCGUUGUUUUCGUCAAAUCCUUGUCAGAUCUGAAGAAGCAACGGGCGCAGAACCGGCAUAUAUCCGGCGGAUCUCUAGACGCCAAUGGGAACGGCAUCCCGAUGCCAGUUUCGUCCAUCUCCAAUUCCGACCUCAACACCGACGACUAUACGCAACGCUUUACCGGAAACACCAGCGAGAUCGUGGGCGAUAAUCACUCGGAAAAGAGCUGCUGCACUGUCAUGUAACACGUCGCAUUUACUUACGUACUUACCAGUCUCUCAUUUUUUUUUUCUCGUGUAUUUCCCAUUUGCUGCAUAACAAUGUCAUUAACAAAAAUGUGUUCCGGCGAUUAGCUUCCAGUAUUUUUCCAGAAGACUCGACGCUUUCUUAAAUUUUUACAACUUUGGGAAUCGUACGUUUAACCCGAAUUUCGAGGAUCUUUUUUAUUAUAUGUUUUCUUAGCAUAUAUAACUCUAUAUACACGUAUAUACAUCACAGAUAAUAUCUCUGCAGCGACACGCGUUAAUCAUUUUAAAGUCAAAACAGUUAUUGGUUUUGAUAUCGCGCAAACGGUAUUGUACUUAAAUCGUAAACAAAAUGUUCUGUCUACAAUUGUUACGUGAAUUGUAGUACUUAGAUUCUUGUAGGAACACCUUGUUACGAUAAUUUUAGAAACUUGUGUACUUACGUUCACAGAAAGAUAUAUAUAUAUAUGCCUUUUCAAAUUAUUUACAACUUUCCAAUGCCUAACGAAUUUAAGUAUUGUACAGACUUUUAUUUUAUUUAUUGUUAUAUUAAAAGAAAUGUAUAGACUAGACAGUAAGAGAGAUGUGUAUUACAUUCGUAGAUAUCGCUUAUGGUUAAAUAUUCAAAUUUUCUAGUAUCUCGAUAAACAGGUAUAAGACUAUAAAAAACACAUCUUCCAAUGUUUUUUAUGAAACUCUAGCCGUAAGAAUUAAGUAAAAACUGUUUUUUAUAUCAAUUUAAAGAUUAUUUGUAAAUUUUGAUAUCUAUUUAUAUUACAAUUAAAGAUUUUACUGAAUUUCUUGUUCUACAUAUAACGAGACACAUAUGCAUCAUUGAUUUGCAAUUUUGCAUUACGAUUUAUUUUUGUUGGAUAUAGAUUAUAUAAGACAUUUAAAUUUCAUUGAAUAUUGUAUGAAAUGUUCGAAAUACCUUCAACCUAAAGAUUUAUGUAAUACAUGCAAUGAUUCAACAAUCAAAAUGAAAUGACAGCAAAAAAUCGCAUAUGUGCACGAGACUGCAUGUAAAAUAAUGAUCUAUUGUGUCGAACAAGUAUAUUUUUUGUACAUUUUUUGUGUCAAAUGGUAUCCGAAUUAUAAUUGUGUGCGAAGGAAAUGUUCGAAGAGAGUAAAUAGUACAAAUAAGUGCUCAUACAUUCCUCUACGAUGCAUAAUAAACCUUGCCAAACUUUACGCGAUUUACGACUUUGCGACAGCAGUCGCGUGAUUCACGAUUUAUUUCAAAUCUUAAUAUUGCGCAUUAAUGUAUAUUUAAGACUAUCUCCGUGCAAUAUUGAUUAUAUUCCAAUUAAAAUUAACAGCACACAUUCGACAACAUUCGACGACAGCGAUUAUUCCAUACACUUGAUUUAAAUGAAUGAAUGUCUAUGUGGUGAAAGUUGAUUUCAACGACUGUACUUGAAAUGAAUUUAUGUAAUUACCUGUCUAUCACCUGUUUAUUGUAUUGUAAUAUAGUAAUGUUAUAUAUAAAAAUAAACACUAUAUGUAA